UCUUGUUGUCUGGGAGAGUGGCAGAGGCAUUGCUGUGGAUUGGUCACCUGGAGAAACCUCCAAUCCUUUCCUAUUGGCCCAUCUUCUGAGGCCCAUGCUGAUUGGUAGGACGGAGCAACCGGGGACCUAGUUGGCAGAGCUCUUCCCGGAUGGGAGCUCCGGCCACCGAGUGAUGGUGGCAGCCGCAAAGAUGGGCCGGGCAGGGACCAUGGCAGUGGCGGCAGAGGUGGCAGGGGCGGGGCAGCUGGCGAUAGAGGAGGCUGUAGUCUUCAGGGGGCUGUAGGUGGAGGCAUGGCUCAGGACAGCGGCGGGAACGGCAGCGAGGAGGCCUGGGGGGCACUUCGGAUGCCGCAACAGCAGAGUCCAGCAGCGUCUUCUCUUGAGGGAGCAAUUUGGAGAAGAGCUGGAUCCCAGACUCACGCCCUGGAUGCCAUCCUUUAUCAUCCACAGCAAUCCCAUCUGCUUCGAGAGCUUUGCCCAGGAGUGAACAACCAGCCCUACCUCUGUGAGAGUGGCCACUGCUGUGGAGAGACUGGCUGCUGCACCUACUACUAUGAGCUCUGGUGGUUCUGGCUUCUCUGGACAGUCCUCAUCCUCUUUAGCUGCUGUUGCGCCUUCCGUCAUCGACGAGCUAAACUCCGACUGCAGCAGCAGCAGCGGCAGCGUGAGAUCAACUUACUGGCCUACCAUGGGGCAUGCCAUGGGGCUGGCCCUGUUCCUGCUGGUUCACUGCUUGACCUUCGCCUCUUCAGCGCCUUCAAACCCCCAGCCUAUGAGGAUGUGGUUCACCGCCCAGGCACACCACCACCUCCUUACACUGCGGUCCCAGGCUGCCCCUUGACUGCUUCCAGGGAAUGUACCUGCUGCUCUUCCACUUCUAGCUGCCCUGCCCACUGUGAGGGAACAAAUGUGGAAGGUGUUUCCUCCCACCAGAGUGCCCUCCCUCAUCAGGAGGGUGAGCCUGGGGCAGGGGUGAGCCCUGCCCCCACACCCCUGGCCUGCCGCUAUUGCCGCCUGACUGGUGACUCGGGUAUUGAGCUCUGCCCUUGUCCUGACUCCAGUGAGGGUGAGCUAGUCAAGGAGGCUAGGGCUAGUGCCACCCGGCCAGAUCGGGGGGACCACUCCCCUUGUACACUGCCCCUAGGUCCCAUACCCCAAGUUUCUUCUGUGGGGUCAGCUUCCAGUGAAGGAGACAUCCCAUAAGCAGUUUUAGGAGGGUGGGUGGAUUACUUGCCCACUAGAAAGACCCUUGGUCCCAGCUCCUUUGAGUUCUCCUUGGCCUCUCCCUGCCCUCUUGGAAUCUGCCUGAAAGGGCUUGAGUCCUGAGGAGAGGGACUGUGUUUGGGGGACUGUGCUAGCUCUACCCCCACUGACAUACACAGGAGCCUUUGAUCUCAUUAAAGAGAUGUGAACCA